UAGUAUUUUCCUUUAAAAGGUGAUAAAACAAUAACGAGGAUGUCGCUCUUUGGCCUGAUUAUCUCAGGACGUCUGCCUCAAUCGGAUUUCGUGGCCGUGGACCCUUCUAAGCUGCUGAUCAAUGUCCCAGACAUCGACACCGUCAACUACCUGGUAGUGUUCCUCACCGGCGUCUCUCCGCUGCCCCUGGGCACCGCUGCCGCCAUAUACUUUAGCUGGCCGGACGCGAAUGCGGCACCCACAUGGCAGUAUCUGGGUCACAUCAACAACAACAAGCCCUCCGCCAUCUUCAAGAUUGCCCAGCUGAAGAAGAGCCACGAGCUGGAGGCCCAGGCCCAUGGGAUGGUCUUUGGCAGCCAAGAAAUCUCGCACAUUGCCCAGAUCGGCGUCUCCCUCGAGCCGGAGCUGACGGUGGCGCAACAGACACCAGCGGUGUCCAGUGCCAACGACAACAAACAAUUUGGCCAACGGAUGCUGGAGAACUUCUUCAACUACGCCUCCAGCUUUGGUGUAUCCGCCAGAGACAUACCGCCCACCACAAGCGAAACCUUUGUGCCCUUUGCCGUUGUCCAGAAUUGGUAUACGAACUUCCAGCGGCGCAUGGAACAAAAUCCAAACUUUUGGAAGUAUUGAGUGCACUGGGAGUGGCAGGAGGCUGGUGGUGCCUUCUCCUCCCAGAAUUGUUUAUCUUAAGAGUACAUUUUUAUAUAUAUAUGUUCUUU